GGGGCGGGGCCGGGACGGAAGCGCGGUCCGCAAGACCGGGAGUUGCGAGCUCAGGAUCGGUGCCACACCCUAUGCCCUGCCGGCGGGCAUGCCCAUGGCGCUGCAGGCUCUGCAGAGCUCGGGCGUGGGCCUCCGCCGGAUCCUGGCUCACUUCCCGGAGGACGUGAGCCUGGCCUUUGCCUACGGCUCGGCGGUGUACCGCCAGGCGGGACCCAAUGCACACCAGGAGAAUCCCAUGUUAGACUUAGUAUUCACAGUAGAUGAUCCUGUUGCCUGGCACUCAAAGAACCUGAAGAAGAAUUGGAGCCAUUACUCCUUCCUCAAACUCUUGGGACCCAGGAUCAUCUCAUCUAUCCAGAAUAAUUACGGUGCCGGGG